AACUUCAGCUCAUCUCUCUUCCCUCCGGACUUGUUCUACAUCGGGGACUGCUGGCCUAAAGCCAGUGUCAACAUGGUGUCCAAGAAAGUGACGCAAAUGCACUUUAGCCAAGAAGGUGGACGAAUCACCGGGUUCACCUGGGAUUGCGAUUCUGGGACUGGGAAACUGUACUUCGAGAGAUCUGCUGCCGCCGAACUCCAAGGCCUUGCGAAGCCCAUCUCUCCAUUGCUUCGGCUCCCCGGAGAGCUCAGGAAUAAGAUCUAUGGCUACUUGUUCAUAGACGAAGUGUUGGAACUGGGAGCUCACGGCGAUGGCAUCCAAUUCAUACAUCGACGAGAAGAUCUAGCUAGUGGGCAGACAGUCCAUACACUCGCAAGUGUGUGCCAGCAGUUACAUCAGGAAACCCACGGUCUGCCUUUAACUACAGCCCGACUUGUUACCACUCGCCGGGACUUCCUCAAGCUCCUUGAUCGCAAAGACGAUCUCAUAAACUGCCGAAUGCGACAAGUCCGAAUCGUGAGCGGCUUCGAGAACUUGGUGAAGAGUCGAAACAUAGCCAGCAUGUCCCCCAUCAUCGACUUCUGCCGUGAACAUCCACACGUGGAGGUUCGCAUCACGAUUGGCGAC